GGGAAGAGAUGGAGGAAGGUUUACAAGGACAGGGAAGCGCUGGAGGAAGGUUCACAAGGACAGGGAAGUGCUGGAGGAAGGUUCACAAGGACAGGGAAAUGCUGGAGGAAGGUUCACAAGGACAGGGAAGAGAUGGAGGAAGGUUUACAAGGACAGGGAAGUGCUGGAGGAAGGUUCACAAGGACAGGGAAGUGCUGGAGGAAGGUUCACAAGGACAGGGAAGUGCUGGAGGAAGGUUCACAAGGGCAGGGAAGAUGGAGGAAGGUUCACAAGGACAGGGAAGAGAUGGAGGAAGGUUUACAAGGACAGGGAAGCGCUGGAGGAAGGUUCACAAGGACAGGGAAGUGCUGGAGGAAGGUUCACAAGGACAGGGAAAUGCUGGAGGAAGGUUCACAAGGACAGGGAAGAGAUGGAGGAAGGUUUACAAGGACAGGGAAGUGCUGGAGGAAGGUUCACAAGGACAGGGAAGUGCUGGAGGAAGGUUCACAAGGACAGGGAAAUGCUGGAGGAAGGUUCACAAGGACAGGGAAGUGAUGGAAAUGUUCACAAGGACAGGGAAGAUGGAGGAAGGUUGACAAGGACAAGGAAGCACGGGAGGAAGGUUCACAAGGACAGGGAAGAUGGAGGAAGGUUGACAAGGACAGGGAAGCGCUGGAGGAAGUUCACAAGGACAGGGAAGCAGUGGAGGAAGGUUCACAAGGACAGGGAAGCGCUGGAGGAAGGUUCACAAGGUCAGGGAAGAUGGAGGAAGGUUCACAAGGACAGGGAAGUGCUGGAGGAAGGUUCACAAGGACAGGGAAGCGAUGGAAAAGUUCACAAGGACAGGGAAGUGAUGGAAAAGUUCACAAGGACAGGGAAGUGCUGGAGGAAGGUUCACAAGGACAGGGAAGAUGGAGGAAGGUUGACAAGGACAGGGAAGCGCUGGAGGAAGUUCACAAGGACAAGGAAGCGCUGGAGCAAGGUUCACAAGGACAGGGAAGAUGGAGGAAGGUUGACAAGGACAGGGAAGCGCUGGAGGAAGUUCACAAGGACAGGGAAGCGGUGGAGGAAGGUUCACAAGGACAGGGAAGCACUGGAGGAAGGUUCACAAGGACAGGGAAGUGCUGGAGGAAGGUUCACAAGGACAGGGAAGUGCUGGAGGAAGGUUCACAAGGGCAGGGAAGAUGGAGGAAGGUUCACAAGGACAGGGAAGAGAUGGAGGAAGGUUUACAAGGACAGGGAAGCGCUGGAGGAAGGUUCACAAGGACAGGGAAGUGCUGGAGGAAGGUUCACAAGGACAGGGAAAUGCUGGAGGAAGGUUCACAAGGACAGGGAAGAGAUGGAGGAAGGUUCACAAGGACAGGGAAGUGCUGGAGGAAGGUUCACAAGGACAGGGAAGCGAUGGAAAAGUUCACAAGGACAGGGAAGUGAUGGAAAAGUUCACAAGGACAGGGAAGUGCUGGAGGAAGGUUCACAAGGACAGGGAAGUGAUGGAGGAAGGUUCACAAGAACAGGGAAGUGAUGGAGGAAGGUUCACAAGGACAGGGAAGUGCUGGAGGAACGUUUACAAGGACAGGGAAGUGAUGGUAAAGUUCACAAGGACAGGGAAGUGAUGGAAAAGUUCACAAGGACAGGGAAGUGCUGGAGGAAGGUUCACAAGUACAGGGAAGUGAUGGAGGAAGGUUCACAAGGACAGGCAAGUGCUGGAGGAAGGUUGACAAGGACAGGGAAGCGCUGGAGGAAGUUCACAAGGACAGGGAAGCGGUGGAGGAAGGUUCACAAGGACAGGGAAGCGCUGGAGGAAGGUUCACAAGGACAGGGAGGAUGGAGGAAGGUUCACAAGGACAGGGAAGUGCUGGAGGAAGGUUCACAAGGACAGGGAAGCGAUGGAAAAGUUCACAAGGACAGGGAAGUGAUGGAAAAGUUCACAAGGACAGGGAAGUGAUGGAAAAGUUCAGAAGGACAGGGAAGUGAUGGAAAAGUUCACAAGGACAGGGAAGUGCUGGAGGAAGGAUUACAAGGACUGGGAAGUGCUGGAGAAAGGUUUACAAGGACAGGGUAGUGAUGGAAGAAGGUUGACAAGGACAGGGAAGCGCUGGGGGAAGUUCACAAGGACAGGGAAGUGAUGGAUGAAGGUUUACAAGGACAGCGAAGAUGGAGGAAGGUUCACAUGGACAUGGAAGUGAUGGAAAAGUUCACAAGGACAGGGAAGUGAUGGAGAAAGGUUCAGAAGGACGGGGAAGUGAUGGAAAAGUUCACAAGGACAGAGAAGUGAUGGAGGAAGGUUCACGAGUACAGCGAAGUGAUGGAGGAAGGUUCACAAGGACAGGGAAGCGAAGGAAAAGUUCACAAGGACAGGGAAGUGAUGGAAAAGUUCACAAGGACAGGGAAGUGCUGGAGGAAGGUUCACAAGGACAGGGAAGUGCUGGAGGAAGGUUCACAAGGACAGGGAAGCGCUGGAGGACGGUUCACAAGGACAGGGAAGAUGGAGGAAGGUUCACAAGGACAGGGAUGUGAUGGAGGAAGGUUUACAAGGACAGGGAAGCGCUGGAGGAAGGUUCACAAGGACAGGGAAGUGCUGGAGGAAGGUUCACAAGGACAGGGAAAUGCUGGAGGAAGGUUCACAAGGACAGGGAAGUGAUGGAGGAAGGUUUACAAGGACAGGGAAGUGCUGGUGGAAGGUUCUCAAGGACUGGGAAGUGCUGGAGGAAGGUUCACAAGGACAGGGAAAUGCUGGAGGAAGGUUCACAAGGACAGGGAAGUGAUGGAAAAGUUCAUAAGGAUGGAAGUGAUGGAAAUUUCACAAGGACAGGGAAGUGCUGGAGGGAGGUUCACAAGGACAGGGAAGUGAUGGAAAAGUUCACAAGGACAGGGAAGAUGGAGGAAGGUUGACAAGGACAAGGAAGCGCUGGAGCAAGGUUCACAAGGACAGGGAAGAUGGAGGAAGGUUGACAAGGACAGGGAAGCGCUGGAGGAAGUUCACAAGGACAGGGAAGCGGUGGAGGAAGGUUCACAAGGACAGGGAAGCGGUGGAGGAAGGUUCACAAGGACAGGAAAGCUCUGGCGGAAGGUUCACAAGGACAGGGAAGAUGGAGGAAGGUUCACAAGGACAGGGAAGUGCUGGAGGAAGGUUCACUAGGACAGGGAAGUGCUGGAGGAACGUUUACAAGGACAGGGAAGUGAUGGUAAAGUUCACAAGGACAGGGAAGUGAUGGAAAAGUUCACAAGGACAGGGAAGUGCUGGAGGAAGGUUCACAAGGACAGGGAAGUGAUGGAAAAGUUUACAAGGACAGGGAAGCGCUGGAGGAAGUUCACAAGGAAAGGGAAGAGCUGGAGGAAGUUUCACAAGGACAGGGAAGUGAUGGAGAAGUUCACAAAGACAGGGAAGCACUGGAGGAAGGUUCACAAGGACAGGGAAGUGAUGGAAAAGUUCAGAAGGACAGGGAAGUGAUGGAAAAGUUCACAAGGACAGGGAAGUGCUGGAGGAAGGUUUACAAGGACUGGGAAGUGCUGGAGAAGGGUUUACAAGGACAGGGUUGUGAUGGAAGAAGGUUGACAAGGACAGGGAAGCGCUGGGGGAAGUUCACAAGUACAGGGAAGUGAUGGAUGAAGGUUUACAAGGACAGCGAAGAUGGAGGAAGGUUCACAAGGACAGGGAAGUGAUGGAAAAGUUCACAAGGACAGGGAAGUGAUGGAGAAAGGUUCAGAAGGACAGGGAAGUGAUGGAGAAGUUCACAAGGACAGAGAAGUGAUGGAGCAAGGUUUACAAGGACAGGGAAGUGCUGGAGGAAGGUUUACAAGGACAGGGAAGAUGGAGGAAGGUUCACAAGGACAGGGAAAUGCUGGAGGAAGGUUCACAAGGACAGGGAAGAGAUGGAGGAAGGUUUACAAGGACAGGGAAGUGCUGGAGGAAGGUUCACAAGGACAGGGAAGUGCUGGAGGAAGGUUCACAAGGACAGGGAAAUGCUGGAGGAAGGUUCACAAGGACAGGGAAGUGAUGGAAAAGUUCACAAGGACAGGGAAGAUGGAGGAAGGUUGACAAGGACAAGGAAGCGCUGGAGGAAGGUUCACAAGGACAGGGAAGAUUGAGGAAGGUUGACAAGGACAGGGAAGCACUGGAGGAAGUUCACAAGGACAGGGAAGCGGUGGAGGAAGGUUCACAAGGACAGGGAAGUGAUGGAAAAGUUCACAAGGACAGGGAAGAGAUGGAGAAAGGUUCAGAAAUACGGGGAAGUGAUGGAAAAGUUCACAAGGACGGAGAAGUGAUGGAGGAAGGUUCACAAGUACAGGGAAGUGAUGGAGGAAGGUUCACAAGGACAGGCAAGUGCUGGAGGAAGGUUGACAAGGACAGGGAAGCGCUGGAGGAAGUUCACAAGGACAGGGAAGCGGUGGAGGAAGGUUCACAAGGACAGGGAAGCGCUGGAGGAAGGUUCACAAGGACAGGGAGGAUGGAGGAAGGUUCACAAGGACAGGGAAGCGAUGGAAAAGUUCACAAGGACAGGGAAGUGAUGGAAAAGUUCACAAGGACAGGGAAGUGAUGGAAAAGUUCAGAAGGACAGGGAAGUGAUGGAAAAGUUCACAAGGACAGGGAAGUGCUGGAGGAAGGAUUACAAGGACUGGGAAGUGCUGGAGAAAGGUUUACAAGGACAGGGUAGUGAUGGAAGAAGGUUGACAAGGACAGGGAAGCGCUGGGGGAAGUUCACAAGGACAGGGAAGUGAUGGAUGAAGGUUUACAAGGACAGCGAAGAUGGAGGAAGGUUCACAAGGACAUGGAAGUGAUGGAAAAGUUCACAAGGACAGGGAAGUGAUGGAGAAAGGUUCAGAAGGACGGGGAAGUGAUGGAAAAGUUCACAAGGACAGAGAAGUGAUGGAGGAAGUUUCACAAGUACAGCGAAGUGAUGGAGGAAGGUUCACAAGGACAGGGAAGCGAAGGAAAAGUUCACAAGGACAGGGAAGUGAUGGAAAAGUUCACAAGGACAGGGAAGUGCUGGAGGAAGGUUCACAAGGACAGGGAAGUGAUGGAGGAAGGUUCACAAGGACAGGGAAGUGCUGGAGGAACGUUUACAAGGACAGGGAAGUGAUGGUAAAGUUCACAAGGACAGGGAAGUGAUGGAAAAGUUCACAAGGACAGGGAAGUGCUGGAGGAAGGUUCACAAGGACAGGGAAGUGAUGGAAAAGUUCACUAGGACAGGGAAGCGCUGGAGGAAGUUCACAAGGAAAGGGAAGAGCUGGAGGAAGGUUCACAAGGACAGGGAAGUGAUGGAAAAGUUCACAAAGACAGGGAAGCACUGGAGGAAGGUUCACAAGGACAGGGAAGUGAUGGAAGAAGGUUGACAAGGACAGUGAAGAUGGAGGAAGGUUCACAAGGACAGGGAAGUGAUGGAAAAGUUCACAAGAACAGGGAAGUGAUGCAGAAAGGUUCAGAAGGACAGGGAAGUGAUGGAAAAUUUCACAAGGACAGAGAAGUGAUGGAGCAAGGUUUACAAGGACAGGGAAGUGCUGGAGGAAGGUUUACAAGGACAGGGAAGAUGGAGGAAGGUUCACAAGGACAGGGAAGUGAUGGAGGAAGGUUCAUAAGCUCAGGGAAGAUGGAGGAAUGUUCACAAGGACAGAGAAGUGCUGGAGGAAGGUUCACAUGGUCAGGGAAGAUGGAGGAAGGUUCACAAGGACAGGGAAGAUGGAGGAAGUUUCACAAGGACAGAGAAGUGCUGGAGGAAGGUUCACAAGGACAGGGAAGUGCUGGAGGAAGGUUCACAAGGACAGGGAAGCGCUGGAGGAAGGUUCACAAGGACAGGGAAGAUGGAGGAAGGUUCACAAGGACAGGGAUGUGAUGGAGGAAGGUUUACAAGGACAGGGAAGCGCUGGAGGAAGGUUCACAAGGACAGGGAAGUGCUGGAGGAAGGUUCACAAGGACAGGGAAAUGCUGGAGGAAGGUUCACAAGGACAGGGAAGUGAUGGAGGAAGGUUUACAAGGACAGGGAAGUGCUGGUGGAAGGUUCUCAAGGACAGGGAAGUGCUGGAGGAAGGUUCACAAGGACAGGGAAGAUGGAGGAAGUUUCACAAGGACAGAGAAGUGCUGGAGGAAGGUUCACAAGGACAGGGAAGUGCUGGAGGAAGGUUCACAAGGACAGGGAAGCGCUGGAGGAAGGUUCACAAGGACAGGGAAGAUGGAGGAAGGUUCACAAGGACAGGGAUGUGAUGGAGGAAGGUUUACAAGGACAGGGAAGCGCUGGAGGAAGGUUCACAAGGACAGGGAAGUGCUGGAGGAAGGUUCACAAGGACAGGGAAAUGCUGGAGGAAGGUUCACAAGGACAGGGAAGUGAUGGAGGAAGGUUUACAAGGACAGGGAAGUGCUGGUGGAAGGUUCUCAAGGACAGGGAAGUGCUGGAGGAAGGUUCACAAGGACAGGGAAAUGCUGGAGGAAGGUUCACAAGGACAGGGAAGUGAUGGAAAAGUUCAUAAGGAUGGAAGUGAUGGAAAUUUCACAAGGACAGGGAAGUGCUGGAGGGAGGUUCACAAGGACAGGGAAGUGAUGGAAAAGUUCACAAGGAC